UAAUUACACGAUUACACGAUUACACGAUUUACAUAUAGAGAUAUUCAAUUAAGAAACUAAUUCUUAUGCUUCACAGUAAAUAUUAAUAUUCUGAAAUUUCUACAACUGAGUACAAUCUCUCGAAGAACAAAAUUAAGGAAUCAAACGGUUACGGCGAUUGCACAAAACAGAAAACUGAAAAUCAAUAAACAAUGUCACUUUUAUUUCAAACGACCAUAUUUAUUGGUUAUUUGGUUUCAUUAUCAACUCAAACCAAUAUUGGGCAUUCAUGGAACAAUCAUCACUGGGACCUAGAAAAGGAAACACAACAACAACAACAAUAUCAAGAUGACAUUGAUCGUAUUGAUGAGCAUAAUGAUGAUGAUGAUGAUGAUGAUGAUAAUGCUAAUGACGAUGAUAAUCAAUAUUUGUAUUUAUUUAAUUUAAAUAGACAACCAUCCUAUUCAACUAACUUCAGGCGUAAAGUAUUUUCAAGUCCAAAAAUCAAUUUACCUAUUGAUAUAGAUGAAGAUGUUGAUAAACUACAAGAAUCGACUUCUUCUUCUUCUUCUUCGCCUCCUACAGAUGAAAACAUUGAAUAUUUAAAUCUAAUUUGGCCAAAUCUAAUUUAUUACAGAAAUCCUUUAAAAAAACGUGAUUGGUUGAAUGAAAAUACUCAACUAACGGAUAAUAGUCUGAUUGUAAAAAAAAUGCCAGAAACUAUAAAAUGGUCUACACCAAUUCAACCGGGCAAUUCAAAAGAUUUACGUAAAUUACGUAAUCUAGAUACAUUUAAUACAGAACAAUAUAAACAUCGAGAUGGUACACAUCAGAAAAAUUCAAGAUCUUGGACAAACGAAAAUGAAUCGGCCGUAAACGAACAAAGCGAACGUCAAGGCUGAUAUUAUUGUUAUUACAUUUAUGUGCAUAUAUCUAUGCAUAUGUAUAUGCUCCCCUUCAUAUGAAUAUAUUGAUUGGUAGACAAAUCAGUAUUCAUGUACAAAGAUAGACAUGUAAUAACAACCAAUCAUAAUUCAACUCUCUCUCUCUCUCUAUAUAUAUAUAUAUAAAUGUAUCAGAAUGCUUCAACUCAAUCAAUCAAUCAAUCAGUAGUAUCCAACCUGAUCAUCACAAAUUACAGAUUAAUUCUAUUUUAAUUCAUUUAAGAGAAUGAGCAAAAUUUGGACGGAAAAAAAUAAAAAAAAUAAAAGAUUAUCCUUGAUAAUAUUUUAUUCUCUUAUAUGAAAAUAUAAAUUUUGUUUGUGUUAAAUGUAUUUUAUUGA